AUGAGCAGUGCAUUUCGGGAUGAGCUUCCCACCCCCGGCCACGGGCAAUAUCCGCAGUAUAUACCACCGCCGUAUCAGCAUGGGCCACUGCCCCCGCAGAUGCUGUAUAAUGCCGGCCCUCCGCCAGCAUCCUAUGAUGGCUAUGGGAAGCCGGGGAUGUAUCCUCCCUCGAUGAUGGGAUACUCGUAUCCAUCGACAUAUACUCAACCCCAGCCGCAAGUACAGCCGCGUCAUCCCUCACAAACUCCUCCGCAGCAGCCACUUCAAUUGCAGCAACCUCUCCAACAACCACCGCAGCCCCAGCCCCAGCCGCAACCACAACUUCUCCCUCAGCUACAGUCACCUCCACCUCGGCCUGCACCUGCACCUGCUCCUGCAUCUGCACCUCCUCCUGCACCUGUGCAUGCACCGGCACCUCCGCCUCCUCAGAUUCAACAACAAAUCCAGCAAGAAGACUUACAGCAUCAGUUUGUGAAUCCCGCGCAAUUGUUUGUACAACAACCUCUGCCUACUGCCCCGCGAUCCCGAUACACCCAACUCCCUCAAUAUGCCGAGCCACCUAUUAUGCCAAAUGCGAGCCCUUCGCAAAUACCCCCGGGACCUUCGUUUGGCCCACCAGCUGCACCUGUCCAUGUUGCUCCGCCUGCUGCUAGCCCUAGGCUGAAGACUCCAAGCAACCAAGGACCAGCAAACAUCUAUAUCCAGCAGCAACCAAAUCAACCGAAACCACAACCUCAACUGCAACCGCAGCCUCAGCCUCAGACGCAACCGCAACCACAACCCAUCAUCAAAGUCGAACCUAAGCAACCUCACAUCUCCCCCAAAGUUGAAACCCAGCAGAUCCAUGCAACUCCUAUUGCAACGCCGAAACGACCCCAGCCAGCCCCAUCACCAGUGGCGCAUUCUAAGCCGCAAGUCAUGGUACCUGCCCCGUCUCCCGACGUUCAAGCAAAGAUACGGACGCAGAAUCAGACACCGAAGAAGCAGCAGACCCCACAGCACGUGGAAAAGAAGCGCCCGAGUCAGCAUUCUGCUGAAAAGAAUGGGAAGCCUCCAGCUGCCAAACCUGCGAAACCCCCAGUCGACUAUCAGGUUCUCUUGUUGUCGUUGGCCGAUGAAUAUCUCAACGCUGCUCAUUCUCAUGGAACAACUACGUCCCUUGCUACACGUGAGGCGGAUGUUGAGGAAUAUUACAAACUAGUCGCUACUGGACUGGGCUGUUUAGAGGCUGUCUUGAAGAACUGGCGCUUGCAACCACGCAAAGAAGCGCUUGUGAGACUUCGCUAUGCGCGUACGUUGUUCGAGGAAACGGACAAUGAUCUCGAGGCAGAAACCGCAUUAAGCAAAGGAAUCGAUCUUUGUGAACGAAACCGUAUGCUUGAUUUGAAGUACAGCAUGCAGCAUCUCUUGGCGCGAAUGAUCCACAAGUCUAACCCCAGAGCUUCCUUGAAAGCUGUCGAUGGCAUGAUUCAGGACGUGGAAGCAUAUCGCCAUGCUGCGUGGGAGUACGCAUUCCGUUUCCUCCGAGUAACGCUCUCAUUGUCGUCCCCAUCACACCAAGACUCUGUGCAGGCACUGCAGCACCUUCACAAGAUUACAGCCAUGGCAAGUCGGAACGGAGACAAGGCUGUCUCAGCAAUGGCGGCUGUUAUCGAAUCACUGGCGCACUUGCAGCAAGGGACGAACUCGGACUCGAUUGAGCAAGCGCAGCGUGCCGUGGCUGCUGCACGUAGCCAUCAACUAAAUGAUGAGCUUCGCCAUAUCCCCCAACUUACGACCUUGAUCCAGAUGGUAGAUAUCUGCUGCAGCCUUCUUGAGUACGAUGUCAACCAAUCCGGUCAGAAAUUAAAGAUCAUGCAGGCUUUGAUGGAUGAGACACUUGGUGACACCAACUGGCGUCCCGAUGGAUCAUUCUCCGUCCCGCUCAAUGGAAAGUCCGCCGGACCCUCCUCGAUUGACACCGGUGAUAUCUUGCUAGUCCAGAAUGGGACAUUGUGGUUGAGCUUUAAUUGGCUUCCCCAGCACGACCUAUAUGCACUUUGCUACUUCCUCAGUUCAAUCACACUCAGUGCUAAAAACUCAUACGAUGGCCGGAAAGCAGAGAAGUAUCUCGAGGAAGGGCUUCGCAUGAUCCAGGGCAACUUCAGAGCCCCUCAAGAGAUUUCGGAAUCCAUGGCCAAUGCCAACCGACGAGUGCAAUGGCGUCAGUCUCUUUACUGCAACUUCCUUCUGCAGAGGUUUUCCUGGCGUGUCUUCCAAGAGUUUGGCUCCACACUUCCGGACACCAUUGAAUGCUUAAUGGAAUAUGCGGCCGGUACCAUCGCACAGGCAACUGGCGAUCUCAAGACCGCACUAGCAAUCUUCCAAUCGCCACUUCUGUCUCUCAACGCAUCAACCAGCAAGACAGCCCGGAACGACCCAUGCCGUGACACGCGCAUCCUCGCUGGUAUCAACAGCGUCCUGAUAAUCCGUGAUCCGGCCCACCCCUCGCACUCCCUGCUACCAAGCGUUCUAGCCACCAUCGAUCCUUUCUGCCAAAGCAGUCCAAACAAGUACAUCCAGGCCGCCUACUACCUAGUAUGCGCAACCUUCCAAUCCGAAUCAACCAUCCAGACCAAACAAUACCUCCAACAGGCGCUCCAGUCUGCCACAGCUAUCAGCAACAGCCAGAUCACCUGCAUGACGCUCACCUUCAUGAGCUGGAAGUAUUUCCGCGGCGUAGUCGGCGAGCAAGCCGAGAAGAGCGCGCGUGCUGGCCGUGCCAUGGCCAAACGCGCAAACGACCGCUUGUGGGCUAGUGUCACUGACGAUAUGCUGGCCGAGACCCUAGAACGACAGGGCAAGAGCGAGGAGGCCCAGGGCGUUCGCGAAGAAGGCCAGCGCUUGGUGGCAGGCCUUCCCCCAGGUUUGAGUCGCUUUGCUUAG